CCCAUUCCAAGUCGAAAGUCUAUUGAAAAUAGCUUGGCCAACGAUAUGUGUACAUUAACUUUAGAUGGACACAUUGAACGUUGCAAUCCAAAAUAUGCGCACACAAAAAAUAACUUCCAUCCGGUGAAAUUCAAUAGCUUCGGCCACUGUUACAUUGUACCAGCAGAUGCCUUAAAUUUCAAGUCCCUCCAGCCCGUUUCCACGUAAGGUUUGACAGCGCAAACGCACAAUUCCAUCCCUGCUGCGACAGUGUGCAACCGUUUUCCGUCCCCACAAAACGGGAGCAGAAAUGACGCCGCCGCGCGGAGGUUGGAGGGAGCAAAUCAUCUCGUCUCGUCACCAAAAAUCCGAAACGCCACAGCAGCACCGGCCCCGAUCGAAACGCUAGGCCGGCCGGCCGCCCUCCGAAACGGCGCGAGAUACGUUAACUCCCCUGUCGCGGGGAAUGAAAAUUACCGCCAUGUGGACACCCCACUGACAGCCGGGCCCCACAGCGCCAGCUUACAUCCAUCGGGUCAAGGAGGCCCAGGACGUUUCCACGCAUGGCCUUUGCCUCCGGCUUCGCCAGUUUACCGGGCAGCGAGCAGUAACCGGCGGUAACAGCACCGGCCGCCACCACACCAUUGGCACGGACAAGCGACAAUUACCGCGAUAAUAACAACGACGGCGGUGGCGGCGGCGGCAGCAGCAGCAGCAGCCGCACCAACCACCCUUAAGUAAGACGAGCGGAGGCGGGCCGCGGGCGAGGGAAAGGAGGAAGCCACGGGUCGCUCGCUCGUGGUAGUGGUGGUGGAUCUGACACCCACUUCGCUACGACUUCCCCCAUCCCUUCCUCCCUCCCUCCCUCCAGUCCUCUUCUCUUCUCCCCUCCUCCCACACCUCUCCCCUACCUCGUCUCAUCGUGCUCUUCGCACCCGCGCGAUUCCGCCCCACGAGCGCCGGCCUCCGCUUCGAUCUCCGCGACGGGGGCCAAUGCCGGCGGCGCGAUGAGCGUGGAGGAGGAGGUGGUGGGGGAGGAGGAGGAGGAGGAGCUGUUCUACGAGUCGCUCGAUCGCAUCCUCUCGUCGUCGGGCUCCUCCACCUCGGCCUCGGACGACGAUGGGGACCACCCGCGCCGCCGCCGCGGGUACGACGCGGGGGCGGCGGCCGCGGCCGCGGCGCUCGACCUGUGGACCUCCGAGCCGGCGCCCAUCCAGGAGCGACGGCGGCGGCUGCUCCAGCUGAUGGGCCUCUCCGGUGACCCGUCGCUCGCGCGAUUCGAGAGGGGCCGAUCGGCUCCAUGCGACGCCGUGGGCCCGCUGCCGUCCUCGCCGGUUGCGCGGUCCAGAUCGAGCGGCGCCACGCCGGCAUCCGCCGCGAAACCCCCGCUCGGAGGAGGCCGCUUGCGCGGAGCCUCGUCCGAUGUGUCAGAUGCCACGUUGGAGGCUGUUGAGGAGGACCCAAGGUGCUUGAUCAGAAACCUCGACGACGGCAGCGAGUUCCUGGUGAGAGAGGAGUUCGGUCUCCGUGAGGUCGGUACGGGGCGGCAGCUCACCAUGGAGGAGUUCGAGUUGUUCAUCGGCCGCUCACCCAUCGUCCAAGAGCUCAUGCGCCGCCAGAGCGUGGUCAAUUCCAACUCAAACUCCAAUUCCCAAAGUGGCGCUUCCACUCCCAUUGAGAGGUCCAGCUCCGGCUCCAGCAAUGGUGGGGCGCGCUACAAGCGGCGCAACAGCUGGCUCCGCAGCCUCCGCAGUGCAGCUGGCUCCAUGGUUACAUACACUCGUGACCGCCGCAGCAGCGACGAGAAGGAUACAUCCUCAGAUAAGGGUGGGCAUCGCUCCAGCUCGGCUACGGAUGACAGCCAAGAUGGUGUUGCAAACCAUGGCCCGGACCGUGUUAAGGUUCGGCAGUAUGGUAAAUCCUAUAAGGAGCUCAGUGGCUUGUUCAUGAACCAGGAUAUAAAGGCGCACAGUGGGUCCAUUUGGAGCAUCAAGUUUAGUCCUGAUGGGCACUUUCUCGCAAGUGCUGGUGAGGAUUGUGUCAUCCAUGUCUGGGAGGUGUUGGAGUGGAAGAUGAUAGAGGAGAAGGGGUUGGAAGAAAAUGGGGUCUUUGAUCCAGAGUCGAUGUUGGUAUCCACGGCUUCAGAGGGAAGCCAUCGGGAGAAGAAGCUGCGGGCAAAGGCAGUACACAAUCAGAGAUCAGUAAGCUCAGACCGGUUGAUGGUGCCAGAACAUGUGUUUGCACUAUCAGAGAAACCCGUGAUAACCUUUGCAGGGCAUUCUGAGGAUGUGCUUGACCUUAGCUGGUCCAAAUCUCAGUACUUGCUUUCAUCUUCAAUGGAUAAAACUGUACGGUUGUGGCACGUGUCAAGCACUUACUGUUUGAAAACCUUCUCCCACAGUGACUAUGUGACUUGCAUCCAGUUCAAUCCUGUUAAUGAUAAAUACUUCAUUAGUGGUUCCCUGGAUAAAAAGGUUCGAAUUUGGAGUAUACAAGAACGCAAAAUUGUUGACUGGAUUGAUCUGCAUGAAAUGAUCACAGCUGCCUGUUAUACCCCUGAUGGACAGGGUGCACUCGUUGGCUCCCACAAGGGCAAGUGCCAUGUCUACGAUAUUUCUGAUAAUAUGCUUAAGCACAAGAAACAGAUUGAUCUACAUAUUAAGAAAAGGAAAUCUAGCCAGAAGAAAAUCACAGGAAUUCAGUUUGUUCCAGGGAGUUCUUCAAAGGUCAUCAUCACAUCUGCAGAUUCACGAAUUCGAGUUAUUGACAGUUUUGAACUAGUUUGCAAAUUUAAAGGCUUUCGUAACACCAACAGCCAAAUUUCUGCUUGUUCAGCUGUGAAAGGGAGAUAUCUUAUCUCUGCAAGUGAGGAUUCCCAUGUAUAUAUGUGGAGAUGUAAUGAUGAUUCCGAACCAAACACAAAGAAGGGCAUUGUUUCUAUCACAAAUACCCAUGAACACUUCCACUGCGAGGGUGUGACAGUUGCUGUUUCUUGGCCUUGUGCCAGCAGCACAAUGACAUCUAGAGAAUGGCCUGAGAAUGGCCUGUCUGGAUCUGAGCUUGAUAAAGAUCAGGAGAUGCCUGAUGCUCAGCACCAGAGCAACAUCAUCAGAAACACCAACCCAAAUCAUAAUGGUGAUACAUCUGCGACUUGGUCUGAAGAACUCAUGACACCAACAAAACAGAGCCCGCGGUCUAGUGCCAGCCAUCCUAUGGAGGGAGAUCAAGCUCCGAGUCAUUCGGCCUGGGGCUUGGUGAUUGUCACAGCAGGCCAUGAGGGUCAUAUCAGAACAUUUCAGAACUUCGGCUUUCCCGUUAGAGUAUAGCAUAUGGACCUGGAUGCUGAGUCAUCCUGCAGGAGUGUAGUUUUGUGUAUAGAAUACACGGAAAUAUAUAUUCAAUGAGAUGCACAGCAUUGGGUUGGGGGAUUGGAUUUGGUUGCUCCUUGGUGCGCCUGCUUCAGAAUUUGGAAUCUUCGACUAACACAUGGUCAGUACUCAGGUACUUGUGGUAUGACAUUCAUUUUAGAUAUUACCUCAAAUUGUACAUGAAAGUGAAUCCCUAGAAAGAGUAAUGCUGUCCGCUGGUUGGAGUGACAUCUUUCGCCCUCAUCUUCAACCUUUGCUCCACUUUUUUUUAAUACUCCCUACUAUGUAUUCUUGUAAGGGGAAAAAAAUCAGUGCUACAGAAAAGAGAUGCAAAAGAAAAUUACGUAUUGUGGGCAGUGGGCGUGUGGUGAAAUUCUUUACAUUGAAUUUGUGGUGUCA